AAGAUAGAAAAAUAACAGCUUCACAUUUAAUUCCAAAUGCAUUACAAACAGCAACAAAAACUCCAGCUGCUUCAUACACAGAAAAAAAUGCUGUUUCCCCUCCUCCGUCCAUGGAAAAUGGGUGACUCCACCCACACACCAAGACUUCUUCCUACCUGUCAGCAUUCUUCUUGCUAUACCUAUGUGAGCUCACCUGUGCUGUUUUUAUUUGUUAGUCUGACUUCUGCUCAGACAGGUGGGAGCUAUUUGAGCUGCUUCUAACAUUUGCCAAAUCAUGGACAGCCAGGGGAGGAAAGUGGUGGUGUGUGACAAUGGAACAGGGUUUGUCAAGUGUGGCUUUGCAGGGUCCAACUUCCCACAGCACAUCUUCCCCGCCAUGGUGGGUCGACCAAUCAUACGGUCCUCCACCAAAGUGGGAAACAUUGAGAUCAAGGACCUGAUGGUUGGGGAUGAGGCCAGUGAGUGCCGCUCCAUGCUGGAGGUGUCCUACCCCAUGGAAAAUGGCAUGGUGCGUAACUGGGAGGACAUGCUGCACCUGUGGGACUACACCUUUGGCCCGCAGCGCCUCAACAUCAACCCAUCGGAAUGUAAAAUCUUGCUCACUGAACCUCCCUUGAAUCCCACAAAGAACCGUGAGAAAGUAGCUGAGGUGAUGUUUGAAAACUACCAGUUCCACGGCAUCUAUGUGGCUAUUCAGGCUGUGCUUACUCUGUAUGCUCAGGGUUUGCUUACUGGCGUGGUUGUGGACUCCGGAGAUGGUGUCACCCACAUCUGUCCAGUUUAUGAAGGCUUUUCUUUACCCCAUCUCACCCGCAGGCUGGACAUUGCAGGGCGAGACAUCACACGCUACCUGAUUAAGCUCCUUCUGCUGCGCGGCUACGCCUUCAAUCACACAGCUGAUUUUGAGACAGUGAGGAUGCUGAAGGAACAGCUCUGCUAUGUGGGAUACAACAUUGAGCAGGAGCAGCGUCUGGCCACAGAGACCACCUUUCUGGUUGAGUCCUACGAGCUUCCUGAUGGUCGGCAGGUGAACGUUGGCGGGGAACGUUUCGGAGCACCUGAAGCUCUCUUCCAGCCUCACCUCAUCAACGUGGAGGGAGUUGGCGUGGCCGAGCUGCUUUUCAACACCAUCCAGGCUGCAGACAUCGACCUCAGGGCCGACUUUUACAAGCACAUUGUUCUGUCGGGCGGGACCACCAUGUACCCUGGCCUUCCAUCCAGAAUAGAAAGAGAGAUCAAGCAGCUCUACCUGGAGAGAGUUCUGAAUGGAGACACGGAUAAACUAGCAAAGUUCAAGAUCCGAAUCGAGGACCCUCCUAGACGUAAACACAUGGUGUUCAUGGGCGGCGCUGUGCUGGCCAACAUCAUGAAGGACAAGGACACCUUCUGGCUGAGCCGACAGGAAUACCAGGAGAAAGGCCCGGGAGUGCUGCAGAAGCUCGGAGUUGGAGUCAGAUGAAACAAAAACCCAUCCAUCUGACUUCCUAAGCUUUUACUUCAAUUCUUUUACAGUCGUUGUUUUGAGUCAUGAAACUGUUGUCUCUAAAAUGACUGGCUUUUCUAAUCAACAAUGGAAAGAAAUGUUGAAAAUAAAUAGGAACUCUUCUUUAAAUGCAAA